GCCUUGAUCUCCCCAAUUGUCGAAUCUUGAGAUCGCUCGUCCAUCCACAAUUGCUCCAUUCAAUUGCAUAAAGUACCCUAUCAUGGCCAGCAGGCAAUGCUCAUCGCGGCUUAUAAGCCAGACUUCUAUUACCCGACACAAUGUCAUUUCCGCGCGUCAAUUGAAGCCCUCUAGAAUACUGCCUUUGAACAACCGCAGUUUCUCGUCAAAAGCGACCACCAAUAAGGCACCGCUCCUUCUGCUUUCCGCAAGAAUGUCAAUUGCGCCAAUGCGCUGCUCAUGGACAAAGUUUUCGCAGCAUUGCCAUUAUGCCGAUAAGGUUGUAAAGGUGCCAGAAAUGGCAGAAUCCAUAUCAGAGGGAACAUUGAAGCAAUUUUCAAAACAGAUUGGUGAUUAUGUCGAACAAGACGAAGAGAUUGCUACAAUUGAAACAGACAAGAUUGACGUUGCUGUCAACGCGCCGGAGGCGGGUACGAUCAAAGAAUUUCUAGCCAAGGAAGAGGACACAGUCACCGUUGGACAAGACAUCGUUAGACUCGAGCUGGGCGGUCCACCCGAAGGUGGACAGGCAGAAAAGGCAAAAGAAGAGCCCAAAGAACCCGCGCCGAAAGAACAACCCACUACAUCGGAGCCCAAGGCUGAGUCCAAAGAUAAAGAGGAUCAGCCGGCAGCAGCUGCAACCCAACAGAAAGCGGAACCUGCUCAGCCUCCCAAAAAGCCAGAGGCGCCGAAGCAGCCCGAAUCGAAAAAGCCGUCUGCGGAUGCAGCUGCCGGGCCCACUACUCCGGGUAGUCGAGAGGAGCGCAGGGUGAAAAUGAAUCGCAUGCGCCUUCGAAUCGCGGAACGCCUUAAGCAGUCCCAGAAUACUGCUGCCUCGCUAACCACAUUCAACGAAGUUGAUAUGUCGGCUCUCAUGGAAUUCCGUAAAUUGUACAAGGACGAUGUGCUAAAGAAGACUGGAGUCAAACUUGGGUUCAUGAGCGCAUUUUCGCGCGCCUGUGUCCUGGCAAUGAAAGAGAUCCCAGCAGUCAACGCCUCUAUUGAAGGCCCUAAUGGUGGCGACACCAUUGUCUUUAGAGAUUACGUCGACAUUAGUGUUGCUGUUGCCACGGAGAAAGGAUUGGUAACUCCAGUCGUUCGUAACGCUGAAUCACUGGAUAUGGUUGGAAUUGAAAAAGCCAUUGCCGAUCUUGGUAAAAAGGCUCGGGAUAACAAGCUGACAAUCGAGGAUAUGGCUGGCGGAACGUUUACAAUUAGCAAUGGCGGAGUAUUCGGAUCUCUAAUGGGUACACCCAUCAUCAACCUACCCCAGACUGGCGUGUUGGGCCUGCAUGCCAUCAAAGAACGGCCCGUUGUAGUCAAUGGAAAAAUUGAGAUCAGACCGAUCAUGUAUUUGGCUCUUACGUACGACCAUCGCCUUCUCGAUGGACGGGAGGCGGUGACUUUCUUGGUGAAGGUUAAGGAAUUCAUCGAGGACCCCCGGCGAAUGCUAUUGGGCUGAGCGAACGAAUCGAAAAUCCCUGAGGCGGAGGACUAAUCUGCAAAUACUAUGACCAUAACACAGUAUUUGUCGAAUGACCACUGCGUGCUCAGCAGGUUCGAGCCGAAGCUUGUUUAUACUUCACGGUAGUCUAUUGGUGCAGAGAUGAGGUUGAACUGAUCUUUUAUUUUCAAGCGCAGGCAUUGAUUACUUGAUAACCGCAAGUUCAACCGAUGGAUAAGUUUGUUCUUUCAACUUUGUGCAGUACCUCUGUAAGCACGUGUAUAUAGGUGAAGCAUAUUUCGCAGAAUACACUUCUUCUACUUCCAGCUUGGUCUGUGUAGUCAAUUAUUCCUGC